AAAUGCUGAUUGUCAAUUGGCAAAGAAUCACAGUCAAUAUUAGGAGCUGUGUCACAGCCCUCUGUAUUGGACAGAGGAACAUCCAUGUUUUUUUAGGUGGAGAGAAGACCUAAUCCUGAACUCCAGAGCCACCGACGCCUACAAGAUUUCAGGAUGUUUUUCCCAUGCCAAGCAGUGUUUUUCCUUUUCUUCUUUGCUACGGUGACCAGUGAAUGUGUUACGCAACUUUAUGAAAACACCUUCUUCAAAGGAGGAGAUGUGGGUGCGGUAUACACCCCAACUGCUAAACAUUGCCAGAAAGUGUGCACCUUCCACCCCAGGUGUAUUCUGUUUAGCUUUCUACCGGCAAACUCCAUUGAUGAUGAGAAAAAAAGAUUUGGUUGCUUCUUAAAAGACAGCAUUACCGGAACCCUUCCAAGAGUGACUAGAAGAAAUGCUUUUUCUGGGCAUUCUUUAAAACUAUGUAGUAACCGACCAAGUAUUUGUAACAAGGAGAAGUAUGAAGGGCUCGACAUGAGAGGAGAGAAUUUCAAUAUAACCAAGGUGAACACUGUUGAAGAAUGCGAAAAACAAUGUACAAACCAUGUCUUAUGCCACUUUUACACAUAUGCCACACAAACGUUCUACAACCCGCAGUUUCGAAAUACAUGUUUGCUGAAGCACAGCCCGUCAGGAACCCCCAGUGCUAUCAAGAUGGCAGAUGGCUUGGUGUCAGGAUUCUCCCUGAAGCCCUGUGGACUUUCUAAUAUGGGUUGCUCAACGACUAUUUUUCAACAUCUCUCAUUUUCUGGUGAAAAUGUUGGCAGUGUGAUUGCCCCAGAUCGUUCUGUAUGCCGUACUAUUUGUACCUACCAUCCUAAUUGCUUAUUUUUUACAUUCUAUACAAGCAAUUGGCAUAUAGAAUCACAAAGAAAUAUGUGUUUUCUUAUGACAUCAAACAGUGGAAAACCAAGUUCUAAAAUACCACAGGACAAUGCUGAGUCAGGAUAUAGUCUUCUAAACUGCGAGGAUGUGACUGGGCUCAAGUCUUUGACUAGUAGAGUUCAAUGCCAUUGGAAUUUUUAUCAUGGUAUGGACUUUGAAGGGGAUAAGUUGGAAGAUGUCUAUGUUCAUGGGCCUGAAGCUUGUCAACAAAGUUGUACAAACACAAUCCGAUGUCAGUUUUUUACAUAUACAAGCCUCAGAGGAGAAUGCAAGGAAGACAAGUGUAAAUGUUCCUUAAAAAUAUCUUCAGAUGGUGCCCCAACUAGAAUAAUACAUGGCACAGAAGGUAUUUCUGGUUAUACUUUAAGACUAUGUAAAACUCCAAGUAUCUCUGUUUGCCCAACAUUCACUGGAAGAAUUGUUGGAGGAAAGCCAUCUUCUCUGAAAGAAUGGCCAUGGCAAGUCUCCUUACAAGUCAAACUGAGAACACAGAGUCAUGUAUGCGGAGGCUCAAUCAUUGGGGACCAGUGGGUCUUAACAGCAGCCCAUUGCUUUGAUGGCCUAUCAUCACCUGAUAUUUGGAGAAUUUAUUCUGGCAUUUUAAAUCAAUCAGAAAUACAGGCAGACACUCCUUUCUCCAGAGCAAAGGAGAUUAUUAUUCACCAUCAAUAUGAAAUUUCAGAAAUAGGACAUGAUAUUGCCAUAAUAAAGCUUGACACUCCCUUGAAUUGCACUGAUUCCCAAAGUUCGAUCUGCUUGCCUUCAGAAGAAAAUACAUAUCAGGACUGCUGGGUGACUGGAUGGGGUUAUACCCAGGAAAAAGGUGAAAUUCAAAAUACCCUCCUGAAGGCUAAUAUUCCCCUAAUAUCUAAUGAAGAAUGCCAGAAAAAGUACCUACAAUAUAAAGUAACAGAUCACAUGAUCUGUGCUGAUGAUAAAGAAGGGGGUAAAGAUUCUUGUAAGGGAGAUUCAGGUGGUCCCUUGUCUUGUAUUCAUAAUGGAAAAUGGAAGCUAGUUGGCAUCACCAGCUGGGGAGAUGGGUGUGGUCAAAAGGAUCACCCAGGGGUUUACACCAAAGUGACUGCAUAUUUGGACUGGAUCCUGGAGAACACCCGAAACUGAGUGACUUUCCUUGAUAAGGCUGUCUUCUUAUGAAUGCAGCAGCACCAAGCUUCCUGCUUGUUCCUUCUCACAGAGGACAUUCCCUAUCUGGACUUCAGGCCGGAGUAUUCUUCUUCCUUACUUCUGUUUCCUGGCUUUCUUCGAGAUGUAGUUGAAAUCCCACCUUCUGCAAAAUACUUUUCCCAUUCCCCUCAACUGCUAGAACCUUCUCUGUGAGAUUAUCUUCCAUUAAAAUUCUACCUACUUGGUU